UAACUACAUACCUUCAUUAUCAGUAGAGAUAGUAAACAAAGAUCUAAACAGCUAUAUUUUUAAAUAACUCUAAAUAAAAAAAUAUUAGGAAUGUGAUAAAAUUUUGAACGGUAUCUCGUUUUGUGUACUUAUCAGAUUGUUAUACACAAGAAGAUCGAUUCAAAUGAAGUUGUAAGAUGCAAUGUGUUAUUGGAAGAAAUUAAAAAUUUACGGGAAUAAACUCCGAAAGCGCAAAAAAUUGUAUGUUAGAAAAAAUUCUGUUUCAAUAUGAGGGCUCUAGCGGAUCUAAAUGAUAGUUACAUAAUAAACAGCAAAGUAUUUUAUUUGUUGGGGAUAAUGGUCGUUGUACCCAUAAAUUUUUAUUUAAAUUCUAUGGACUUCUGGAUGUUUAAGUUUAAACCUCCGCCAGGACCAAAUCAUCCUCCAGGUCCUCCUCACCCUAGAGAUAGAAUAACAAACACUCCACUUAAUUUCAGUUUUUUUAAUAAUGAACUUACAACUAAGAAUCCAGAAAUAAAGUAUAAUUCAGAGGAUACUCAAAUUACUUUUCGGACACAUGAAGAGUUAAUUUAUCAUAUCUUAAAUGAUAGUAGUUACCAAACUAAGACUCCUGCAAAGAAUCUGCUUCAGACUGAUCCAACGCACAUUAAAAAAUAUAUAAUUAUCAACUCUACCACCAACUCUCCUGAUAAACGAACACCAUUCCAAGCAAAUUUUGUUGUGGCUUUUUCAAUAAAUUUUAAGGUGGUGUUAUUAGGAUCCUUAUUAUUUUGUACAAUGUGGCCUAAAAAGCUGCCACCACCAGAGAGGCGGUUAAAAUUGUGUCUAACUGCUUUGUGUGUUUUAUUUUCUAUAGUUACAUUGUUAACGCAGAUUAAUACUGAAGAAGAGCAAACGCUGUUUUUCGUUGGAGCUAUGAUUUUCGCAACAUUUUUGAACUGUUUCACAGGUUUGGCGUUGGCUAGCUUGUAUGAAUUAAUAACAAAAUUUCCGUCUAGUUAUUAUGCCUCGCUUCAGUCAGGUAACAAUAUAUGUGGAAUCUUGUCAGCUGUUUUACAAAUAAUCCUUCUUAGUUUUCGGCUAAGACCAAAUGAAACUGGUGUAAUUCAAUUCUCCGUUGGCUGCUUGAUCCUGAUUUUUACUACAAUUUACUAUUUUGUCGUAUUCAAGAAUUCAAAAUAUUUUAUAUACAGGAUAGGUACAAACCAUGAAGAUCAAAGAAAUUUAUCGUCUGCAAGAUGGAUGCAAAUGUUACCUAAAACUAAAUGGUUUUAUGCAACAAUCAUUUUUGUUGAAGGAACCACACACAUUGUUUAUCCCGGGUUAGCGGCUCUUGUAGUGACUCCUCUCAGAGGUACUCUUUGGCGAGACGUAUAUUUUGUUCCUGUCAUUACAUAUUUGGGUUAUCAAGUUUGCUGUUUGGUUGGUAGAGAAACUGCUAGAAUUGUGAAAACGCCUAAAACUGGAGUAGUACUCUUCGUUUUAUCAGCAAUAAGAAUUGUGUUCGUACCUCUCUUGAUAUUUUGCAAUGCUCAGCCGAGAAAACACUUACCAGUGCUUUUUGACAGUACAACUUAUAUAAUCCUUCUAUCCAUCUUUGCAUUUAGUGAAGGUAUUCUCAUAAAUACCACGAUUGUGGCAAUUCCAAAAAAACUAAAACAAGAUGAAAAAGUAGCUGCUAUGCUUAUGGUACCAAUUAUAUCAUCAAUAACCCUAACUAUGGCGUCUGCAUUAAAUGGUUUCCUUACAAAUAUAAUAUAAAUUUUGGAUAUUAUAGAUUUUACUUUUAUCUUGACCAGUAUUCUUUUAGUUUUAAUAUGUAUAAAUUUAUUUUAAAAAUAUAUGUAAGUUUCAUAUUUGUC